AUAAUAUUACUUGACAAUAUUAAUGAUAACGUAAUUAAAAUUGCCUAAAUGAAUCUAAAAGGCCCCUAUCACCAGAUCAGAUCAGUAAUAUAUUCUACUUGCGUCAAUGACCUGCAAGAACAGAGACGUACAGCAAAAUGCUGUUGGCCCCAGUUAUGUGUCGUUAGAUUGUACUGUGUAGAAGGUGUAGAACGGGUGACGGUGUUGUAGAAGUUGAAUUGCUUACUGCGAAAGCUAGCUCGUCAGAGCAGGAAGUUGCUGACUCAUUUGAAUUCAUCUCAGCUAAGCAUAUUGUCCUUUCACAGAGAUCUGUUCCUUGAUAACGCAGACGGAAUGCCUUGCCCAUUCAUGACACGUUUGUCACCCUCGUAUAUUCGCAACUAUGGAAGUAAUUUGCUGAAAACGUAUGGACAGCAUUGCCCCUUCAUAUCUCGACUCACUGGAACUCUCACUUCUGCCAGCUCUUCUGACGAAGUAGACAUGGAAGCUGUGAAGAAAUGCCCAUUCUUAGCAGAAGUGACGCCGUUAGUGAAGGAAGCAAGCCAAGAGAUGCAGGAUGAUGUAAUCGAUUUGACUCCAACAUCUGAAAGUGCUUGGAAAGCUGAAGAAAUUGUCUCUACUGAAGUAAUUACACAGAGACUUUUUGAGAGUCCAGAAUCUCAGUGCCCCAUGGACAAGGCUAAAGGUGAAACAUUUCCUUAUGAGGAAUUUUUCCAUGAACAAAUAAUGCGCAAGAAGAAGGAUCAUUCAUAUCGAGUGUUCAAGAAAGUAAAUCGCUUGGCUGCAGAGUUUCCUAAAGCCUAUGAAUACAGCUGGGGUGAACGACCUAUUACAGUGUGGUGCUCCAAUGAUUACUUGGGUAUAUCGCGUCAUCCUGAAGUGAAGGAAGCUGUUAGGCAAGCUCUGGAAGUGUAUGGUGCGGGUGCUGGAGGCACAAGGAAUAUUUCAGGAAACUCGCUGAACCACGAGUUGUUGGAGGCAGAGCUAGCCUCUCUUCACCAGAAGGACUCAGCAUUGUUAUUCACUUCCUGUUUUGUAGCUAAUGAUUCCACUCUCUAUACUCUUGCAAAGGCCCUUCCAGGUUGCCAUAUCUUCUCGGAUGCUGGAAACCAUGCCUCUAUGAUUCAAGGGAUACGCAACAGCAGAGUUCCAAAACAUAUUUUUCGUCACAAUGAUGUAGACCAUCUAGCGGAACUUCUGUCUACAGUAGCAUCACAUGUUCCAAAGAUAGUGGCUUUCGAAACAGUGCAUUCAAUGACAGGUGCAGUAUGUCCGCUGGAAGAAAUGUGUGCUGUGGCUCAUGAACAUGGAGCACUCACUUUUGUGGAUGAAGUUCAUGCCGUUGGCUUGUAUGGUGAGCAUGGAGCAGGCAUUGGUGAACGUGAUGGACAGUUGGCAAACAUGGAUAUAAUAUCUGGUACUCUAGGCAAAGCAUUUGGCAAUGUAGGAGGCUACAUUGCCAGCACUUCGUACCUGGUGGAUAUGAUUCGCAGCUAUGCAGCAGGGUUCAUCUUUACAACCUCUUUACCACCAACUGUGCUUGCUGGAGCGCUAAAAGCCAUUAGAAUUCUGCGUUCAGAUGAGGGACGGUCCCUGCGAAAAGUGCAUCAGGAGAAUGUCUGUUACUUACGUCAGCAACUUCUAGAUAAAGGUUUACCUGUGGAACACACUCCUUCACAUAUUAUUCCAAUAAAAAUUGGUAAUGCGCUUCAGUGCAGCCAGGUGUCUGAUUUGCUUCUUCAAGAAUAUGGCCAUUAUAUGCAAGCAAUAAACUACCCUACAGUUCCAGUAGGACAAGAGAAACUACGUCUUGCUCCAACUCCGCAUCAUACAAAAUGUAUGAUGGACAAUCUUGUGAGAGAUAUGCUGGAAAUCUGGACGCGCCUAGAGCUCCCUCUCUACACAUAAGCAUCCAACAGCACAAUUUGAGAGGUAGUAUGUGGCCAUACAUACUGUUUACAUUUCAUAUCUGUGUCUAUGUUUGUCUUUCUUGGAGUUAAUAUGAUGUCUUCAGCAUAUAAUGAUAUACAUGAAAAGUACCUCCUAAAUGUGGUGAUAUUGUAAACAGAAACUGAGCUUGUUGGUUCAUUCUUGUCAUGUCUGGUAGCCCUAAAUAUUAGACCUUGAGUAGAGUGUCUUUAUGCCUGGUCAAUUAACGAUAAUAUUGAGAUGGUACAAGUGGGACUAUUGUAUCUGAAAGGAUGUUGAGGAAUAUUGGAGUGCAGAUGAAGCACAAACCUGUUCAGUCGGUGCAUUUGUAUACAUGAGAAUGAAAUUCAUGUCCACUGUACAUAACAACACAGCAAGAAUAUUGAUUAAGCAGAAUAUAACACUUCAAAAGUUCAAGCAGUAGCUCUGUAGUUGAGGUGUGUAGACUAUUAAUAUGCAUACCGUAGACUUGAAGACUUAUGUAUCCAGAGAUAUUAGCUUUUAAAGGGUCCAAAAGGGACCAUGUGACCACUGAUGUAUCAGGGAAAAUAGGUCCAUUCACUGAUGAUCUAGCUCAUUCCAUGGCUUAACAUUGUUAAUGUGAUAUGUAUAUUGAAUAAUUUAUUUGUGUGUCUUAAAAUGGACUGAUUUCAGUACUCUCAAGCUGAGAGCACAGUGUCUUAUGGGUUGGUGCAUAUGCAUGUGAUGGAGGUUCGUGUAUGACAGAUGACCCUCAGACAUUUUGUGCCUUCAGUAGGAGCUGUACACAAUGGAAUGCAUGUUUUCAUAUCAAUAAAACCCCAAUAUUUACUUUUUUUCUUCAAAUAUGUUUACAGUGAAACCUUAAUUUUACAAUUUUGAAGGGACCACUUAA